CCAACACUUUUCUCUCCUUAAACUCUCACUUUGUCUCCCUCUUUUCUCGUGCGGUGGGCGUUAUCGGGUCUGGUCGGGUCGGGUCGGGUCGGGUCGGGAUCGAGGCGGCUAGAAAGAUCUACUGGUAAUCUUGAUUGUAGGUUUCAUAGCUAAAGGACAAGGAAAAUGAGCUCAGUGCUUAAAUCAUCUCUUUUACCUACAAGAAUCCCUCUUCCAUUGGUUUCAUCUAGAUUGCUCAGAGUGUCCCGGUGUACCAUGGCUAAAACUGCAGUCGAUGAGACAUCAAACUCUGGUGCGUUCGUGCGAUCUCCAUCAACGUUCCGUAACUUCAUCUCAAGAGAACAAGGAUCAACCUUUCAGCCUGAAUCUGGAAGAUAUCACUUAUAUAUAUCGUAUGCGUGCCCAUGGGCAUCUAGAUGCAUUUCUUUCUUGCAGAUUAAAGGACUUGGCAAAGCAAUCAGUUUUACGUCAGUCAAACCCAAAUGGGAAAGAACGAAGGAAGGUGACGCCCAUAUGGGAUGGGUUUUCCCUGUUUCUGAUGCCGAGGAACCUGGUGCUGAGCCUGAUCCGUUGCAUGGAGCAAAAAGUAUCCGAGAGCUUUAUGAGCUUGCAAGUGCUAAUUAUUCCGGAAAAUAUACUGUGCCUGUGCUUUGGGACAAAAAACAUCAAACCAUUGUGAGCAAUGAAAGCUCGGAGAUUAUUCGCAUGUUGAACUCCGAGUUCAAUGAAAUUGCAGAAAAUGGGAAUUUAGACCUUUAUCCCCAUCAUUUGCGAGCUCAAAUUGAUGAGGUUAAUGAAUGGAUAUAUGAUAGUAUCAACAAUGGCGUCUACAAAUCUGGCUUCGCUACCAAGCAAGAACCAUAUGAUAUGGCCGUCAAAAAACUGUAUGAAGCACUGGACAAAUGUGAAGAGAUACUUGGUAAACAGCGAUAUUUAUGUGGCAGCUCACUAACUGAAGUAGAUGUUCGCUUAUUUGUAACCCUGAUCCGGUUUGAUGAGGUUUAUGCUGUUCACUUCAAAUGCAAUAAGAAACUACUGCGCGAGUACCCUAACUUGUUCAAUUACACAAAAGAGAUCUUCCAAAUUCCGGGCAUGAGCAGCACAGUUAAUAUGGAUCACAUCAAGAAGCACUAUUAUGGAAGCCACCCAUCCAUUAAUCCUUAUGGGAUCAUUCCUCACGGCCCAAACAUCGAUUAUAUGUCUCCCCAUGAUCGAGAAAAGUUUAGUUCGUAAGGAUGUUUAAGCUAUCGUACUUGCUUUGUUUUCCGUCUCAGAAGAGGGCGUAAGCCGAAUACCCAUAUUUGUUUGUGCUAUAUCCUAUAUGUAUGUAGAAUAUGCAUGUUAUUGUGUGUAGUAGUUGCUAUUGCCCUUGUUGGGCAGAUGAUGUAUGCUUCACAGGUUACUGAAACAAUAAUCUUUUAUGUUGCAAUAAUGUUUCCAUGUUUUUCUACCUUGGUUUAUGAUAUCUCAACUAUCUUUGUUAA